AAGUAUGAGAGAGCUGAGAGCCAGGACUCAGGGCUGAGCUUGGUUUUCCACCGCCACAGGGAGACAGGGAAGAAACCCACUAGUCCCAGCUCCUGCAGUGGCAGAGGUCAUUACGACUGGCCCUGUCUGUGGGUCCUAGGGGCCCUUGGCCACCAGAAGGCUAAGAAUACUGCCCAUGAAUGAGAGCAAGCCCUGAAAGCUCUGGGGGUGCCACCGAGUCCCACAAGCCUGCAUCCCCUGCAGUGGAGAUGGGCUCUGCGCCUGGACGUGCCACAGACAGAAAAUACAACACACGCUCGCCAGGAAGAGCCUUUGCCUGACUCAGGGCGGCUCAGAGUGUGGGGCGGAAGGUGACCAGCCAGCCCAGGGCAGGAAAUGCAGAGCACCGCCAAUUACCUGUGGCACACAGACGACCUGCUGGGGCAGGGGGCCACUGCCAGUGUGUACAAGGCCCGCAACAAGAAAUCUGGGGAGCUGGUUGCUGUGAAGGUCUUCAACACCGUCAGCUACCUGCGGCCCCGCGAGGUGCAGGUGAGGGAGUUUGAGGUCCUGCGGAAGCUGAACCACCAGAACAUCGUCAAGCUCUUUGCGGUGGAAGAGACGGGAGGCGGCCGGCAGAAGGUGCUGGUGAUGGAGUACUGCUCCAGUGGGAGCCUGCUGAGCGUGCUGGAGAGCCCCGAGAAUGCCUUCGGGCUGCCGGAGGAUGAGUUCCUGGUGGUGCUGCGUUGUGUGGUGGCCGGCAUGAACCACCUGCGGGAGAACGGCAUCGUGCAUCGUGACAUCAAGCCUGGGAACAUCAUGCGGCUCAUGGGGGAGGAGGGGCAGAGCAUCUACAAGCUGACCGACUUCGGGGCCGCCCGGGAGCUGGACGACGAUGAGAAGUUCGUCUCGGUCUAUGGGACUGAGGAGUACCUGCACCCGGACAUGUAUGAGCGGGCGGUGCUUCGAAAGCCCCAGCAAAAAGCGUUCGGGGUGACUGUGGAUCUCUGGAGCAUUGGCGUGACCCUGUACCAUGCAGCCACCGGCAGCCUGCCCUUCAUCCCCUUUGGCGGGCCACGUCGAAACAAGGAGAUCAUGUACCGGAUCACCACAGAGAAGCCGGCCGGGGCCAUUGCUGGUACUCAGAGGCGGGAGAACGGUCCCCUGGAGUGGAGCUACACCCUCCCUAUCACCUGCCAGCUGUCACUGGGGCUGCAGAGCCAGCUGGUACCCAUCCUGGCCAACAUCCUGGAGGUGGAGCAGGCCAAGUGCUGGGGCUUCGACCAGUUCUUUGCGGAGACCAGUGACAUCCUGCAGCGAGUUGUCGUCCAUGUCUUCUCCCUGUCCCAGGCAGUCCUGCACCACAUCUAUAUCCAUGCCCACAACACGAUAGCCAUUUUCCAGGAGGCUGUGCAUAAGCAGACCAGCGUGGCCCCCCGGCACCAGGAGUACCUCUUUGAGGGUCACCUCUGUGUCCUCGAGCCCAGCAUCUCAGCACAGCACAUUGCCCACACGACAGCAAGCAGCCCUCUGACCCUCUUCAGCACAGCCAUCCCCAAGGGGCUGGCCUUCAGGGACCCUGCUCUGGACGUCCCCAAGUUCGUCCCCAAAGUGGACCUGCAGGCGGAUUACAACACCGCCAAGGGCGUGCUGGGCGCCGGCUACCAGGCCCUGCGGCUGGCGCGGGCCCUGCUGGACGGGCAGGAGCUGAUGUUGCAGGGGCUGCACCGGGUCUUGGAGGUGCUCCAGGCCACAUGCAGGCGGACUCUGGAGGUGGCGAGGACAUCCCUCCUCUUCCUUAGCAGCAGCCUGGGCACUGAGAGGUUCAGCAGCGUGCCUGGAACACCUGAGAUCCAGGAACUGAAGGCGGCCGCAGAACUGAGGUCCAGGCUGCGGACUCUAGCUGAGGUCCUCUCCAGAUGCUCCCAAAAUAUCAUGGAGACCCAAGAGAGCCUGAGCAGCCUGCGCCGGGAGCUGGUCAAGAGCCGGGAUCAGGUACAUGAGGAAAGAAGCAUCCAGCAGAUUCAGUGCUGUUUGGACAAGAUGAACCUCAUCUACAAACAGUUCAAGAAGUCUAGGAUGAGGCCAGGGCUCAGCUACAACGAGGAGCAGAUUCACAAGCUGGAUAAGGUGAAUUUCAGUCAUUUAGCCAAAAGGCUCCUGCAGGUGUUCCAGGAGGAAUGCGUGCAGAAGUAUCAAGCGUCCCUAGUCACGCACGGCAAGAGGAUGAGGGUGGUGCAUGAGACCAGGAACCACCUGCGCCUGGUCGGCUGUUCUGUGGCCGCCUGUAACACAGAAGCCCAGGGGGUCCAGGAGAGUCUCAGCAAGAUCCUGGAAGAGCUAUCUCAGCAGCUCCUUCAGGACCGAGCGAAGGGAGCUCUGACCUCCUCACCUCCUGUAUCUCCUCAUCCCAGCCCUACACCAAACGACCUGCUUCUCCACAUGCAAGAGCUCUGCGAGGGGAUGAAGCUGCUGGCGUCUGACCUCCUGGACAACAACCGUGUCAUCGAACGGCUAAGUAGAGUCCCAGCAGCUUCUGAUGUCUGAGCUCCAUGGGGCGCGUGAGGCAUCCUGAAGCAUUAGAAUGACUUGAACACUGCUCUCCGGCACCGUGAGACCAACCCAGGACAAGAUCCCGUCCCAUCACAUCAGCCUACCUCCCUCCUGGCUGCUGGCCGGGAUGUUGCCAGCAUUACCUUCCACUGCCUUUCUCCCUGCGAAGCGGCACAGCUGAGAUUGGGCACCAGGCCACCUCUGUUAGGACCCAUAGGAAAGCGUGGCAGCCACUGCCUGGGCUGACCUUUCCAUCUUAUCCAGGCGCAGGUAUCGCUCUUCCGUGCCCCUGGCUGGGCCAUGGGGAGAAGAGGCUCCCAUAUGCCCUCCCACUCCCUCUGGUUUGCAGAGCUUCACUCCCUAGCCAGCAGGAGAGGAGGCCUCCUGGGGAUUCCCCAGGGUACUAGGUCAGGCGACCUCAUCACAAUCUUCCUUCCUCUUCAAGCUUUUCAUGUUGAACACAGCAGUCUCUGCUCCCCUGUGAUUUCCAGGGGUCACCCUUCGCAGCCUCAGGCAACAUAGAGCCUCCUGUUCUUUCUAGGCUUGGUCUGAUGGAGCCUGAAGUUGAGAAAAUAGGUGGCCAGGGACAGUGCCAGUGCCAUGGGGCCCCCCUUUCCCUCUCCGUCACUCCCUGAGGCUCUGGCUGGUCCUGGGACAUGCAGCCAGCCAGUGGCAACAGGCCCGUGAGUCCAGGCAGAUCCCAGGCCUGCACCUUCAAGAAGUGGAAUAAAUGUGGCCUUCAUUUCUGUUC